AUGAUCGUACAAAAAACAUGGCCUCAGUAUAUCGCUAUCCGCAUCCUUAUCGUGUUGAUGAGGGAUCUUGGGUUACUAUGUCUCACCUAUUUCUACGCUAUUUUUGCACUUGGAGGCGUUCCGGCAAUAGUCCACCCAUUUUCAAUUGUCAUUGAAGUCGUCGGAGCUAUUGAAAUACUAUUCUACCUUCUUUUCUUUUUGCCUUAUAGGUGGUACCUUCAGACCUUCAAACCGUAUAGGCCCCCACCCAUGAGUCGCUCACAACGAGCUCAGCUUUUCUAUAAAGCGUUGAAUCUGAUACCAGAUGGUGAAGAAUUUGUACGAAAAUGGAUGUUGAACGCCCACCUCGAGGAUGUACGCCGAGAAAACCUCAAGGACUGGCUUCUUUGGGGCCUUUUCGAGCGAGAUGGAGUUGCAGAGCGGCCGACUCAAGACAUCGAUAAUGAGCUUGAGGGUUACAUCGAAGCUGCUGAAGAGAGGUUCGGAAUGAAGUUGAAGCCGGGAAGAGGGGGAGCUGAGGCUCUGAGACUGACGUUUGACCCGGUGAUUAUCAGACACCGCAGCUUGCUAUAUUACAUGGUGAUUGGCGUGCUCGAUAAUCUCAUGGCGGUAUACCUCUUUACGCAAGGAUACCGCUAUUUCAGACAACCGUUUUCCGCAUUCUUCAAAGUCUUUCCCCUCCGUUUCGUCAACCUCCUUCCGUUUAAGCCUUCAGCUGCCGAUGGGAUGUCAUACUGGUAUCGCCCUCACAAGUCAAAGACGCAACGUCCCAUCGUUUUCAUUCAUGGUCUAGGUAUUGGACUGAUCCCCUACAUGUUCUGGCUACGUACUAUCCCGAAAGAUGUCGGCAUCCUAGCGGUUGAAAUGUUACCAAUAGCUACUCGUGUGACAACAUAUCCGCUGCAGCCCGCUCCUUUGCUGGCCGAGAUGAUCGCCAAAUGCGUCGCACAGCAACGAGCGGCACAACCAGCCCCAGGGGCUGGUGAAAGAGGAGACUGGGACGACUUCGUACUCAUUGGCAACAGCUACGGAACAUUGCUGAUGCCACAAUUGCUGCAACGUGCAGAUUUCGCACCACGAGUCGCAGCCUGUGUCUUGAUUGACCCUGUUUCUAUGUUAUUGCAUCUCCCUGAUGUGGCCUACAACUUUACGCGAAGAGAACCAACGCCAUCGAUACGCGGGCGAACUGGACAUGGUAACGAAUGGGAAAUAUGGUGGGCAAGCGCCACGGAUGCCGGUACAUCCUACACGCUCGCUCGGAGAUUCUGCUGGCGAGAAUCUUUAAUGUGGCGAGAGAUGCUCACUCCGAGCUUGCGCAGCGUGGAGUCUGGGUACUACGCCUCUGGAUCAUCAAACGAGAUUGUGAUAUUUGGGAACGGAAUUCAGCCGGGGAUGCGUAGCACCGUAAUCCUUGGAGGUGAAGAUUGCGUCACUGCGCCUAAAGCGGUGGCUAGCUAUGUCUACUCUGGCGACGUCAAUUGGACAUACGACGACAUAGAAGCAUGGAAACGAUACGAGUGGAGUGGCAAGAACGAAUUGGAAUUGAUGUACCUUGAUGGGAAAGACCACGGUCAGGGCAUCAUGGUUCCGUUCCCUCACAAGCCUAUUGCAAACGUGAUUGAGACGUAUUGUCGGCGUGAUGAUGGGUUUGUGGCGUUUGGCGACAAGUACAUUGGUGGCCCAGAGGCCGAAGAUGGAAUAUUUAGAAGCAGUACUUCCUUGAAUAUGUACGGGAUGAGGCAAAGGGAGGACGUUGAGAUGAAGCAGAUUUAG